GUUCGUAAUAAAAUGACAAUUUUACUUAUCUGUGUUGCUACAGGGAAUCAUUCUUUUUACUCAACCUAACGUGAGGAGAGUGGAUCCUAUUAUCAAUCGCCAUCAAAAUGGUAGCGGCAAAGAAACAAAAAAAGACCAUUGAGUCUAUCAACUCCCGGUUGGCUCUGGUGAUGAAAUCGGGAAAAUACUGCCUGGGUUACAAGCAAACACUCAAGACAUUACGUCAAGGCAAAGCUAAGCUGGUCAUCAUCGCCAAGAAUGCUCCACCGCUAAGGAAAUCCGAAAUUGAAUACUAUGCUCUAUUAGCCAAAACUGGAGUCCAUCAUUACAGCGGAAACAACAUUGAGUUGGGCACGGCAUGCGGAAAGUACUACAGAGUAUGCACUCUCGCCAUUACUGACCCUGGAGACUCUGACAUUAUCACAACAUUGCCUGAGGCAACAGCGUAGAUAAUUAAUAAAUAAUUUUAACACAAA